GGCGGGCCCGGGCGGGGGCGGGCGGCGGGCGGCGCCAAGCGUGGGGCGCGGGCCCGCGGCGGGAGCUGUCCGCGAGACCUAGUGCUGAAGUAGGCGCAGACGUGCCCGGUGCCUGGCGCGUGGUAGCAGGCGCCCAGUGCCCCGGCCGGCGAAGACCAUGGCGUUCAUGGUGAAGACCAUGGUGGGCGGCCAGCUGAAGAACCUCACCGGGAGCCUGGGAGGCGGCGAGGACAAGGGGGAUGGAGACAAGUCAGCAGCCGAAGCUCAGGGCAUGAGCCGAGAGGAGUACGAGGAGUAUCAGAAGCAACUGGUGGAAGAGAAGAUGGAGCGGGAUGCACAGUUCACACAGAGGAAGGCAGAGCGGGCCACACUGCGGAGCCACUUCCGAGAUAAAUACCGGCUGCCCAAGAAUGAGACAGAUGAGAGCCAGAUCCAGAUGGCAGGUGGAGACGUGGAGCUGCCCCGGGAGCUGGCCAAGAUGAUCGAGGAGGACACGGAGGAGGAGGAGGAGAAGGCCUCAGUCCUCGGGCAGCUGGCGAGCCUCCCUGGCUUGGACCUGGGCUCACUCAAGGACAAGGCCCAGGCCACACUGGGGGACCUCAAGCAAUCAGCUGACAAGUGCCACGUCAUGUGACCACUUCCCCGGGGUUACCCACUGGGCUGGCCAGAGGGCUGGACCCCCAUGAGGGCUAAGAGUGUGUCAGCUUCCAGGGACCCACACUCCAUUUGGGGCCUUGUUUUCCCUGCCUCAUCCUAGUUCCAAAACCUGUCUCAUCCAUGCCCCAAGCCUGUCUACAGGGAGCAAAGUCUCCAUCUUCACCCGACCCUUCAGGACCCUCCCCACCAGCUCAGCCUGUGGAGCCCUCCCAAGAUUGUAGGAACAGGUCCAUCCAUCCCUCGCUGACCACGGCCCCAAAUUCCUGCACCCACAGAGAGACACACAAUGACACAAAACCCCUGGCACGUUCAGAGACAGAAGCCCCAGAUGCAUCGCGGCACACACAGACACACACACAGGCCAGCCCCCCUGCGUCUCCAGCCCCUUCAGACGCCAACACUCAAGAUACUCUGAGAGAGCUUGGGCAGAUAACCUGGGCAGACAGGAGGCUGAGCCUUAUUGCAUCAUCUGUAAAAUGGGAAUGGCCUGAAUGAUUUCUGAGGCUCUUUCUGGCUUGGCCUCUCAGAGCCAAGCACACACCCCUCCUUGGGCAGGGUAGCAGCUGCCGCCACAGCCUCGUGGCUGCCACUGUGGGCUCUGGGAGCCGAAGCGAUGCUGUGUGAGAGGCAGGGUGCCAAGGAUGAAGCUGGCACUGAACAGUAAGCCCAGGCAGCUCUAGGCCUUCUCUGGGCCCAGGGCCCAGCCAAUUUCUGUUCUGUUCCUGUAGAACUCUCUCUGGAUUCCAUAGCUGGAAUCUCCUCUCCUAGCUCAGUGAAAAAUAAAAAUCCCAAAUGGUG